AUGAAGUCAAGCACUGCUUUCGUUUCUGCCUUUGCAGUCCUUGCCGGAGCUUCCCCACUGGUUGCACGCCAGGAACUCGACUUUGACCUUCUCAACUCAGUUCCUGAUAUCACCACUGCUUCAAUUCCCCUUGGUCCUACUGCAGAGAGUGUCACCUACGAUCUUGCGCAAGCAACAGCUCAAGCUACCGCCUCUGCACUUCCUGUUCAGGCCUUGAAGCGUGAUCUGUCUGCCAGGUCGGCCUGCGCUUCACAACCUUUGGGAUCUGGUCCUGUCCCGAGCCCUGAUACCGAUACGGCCUUUCUGAGCUCAACCGACUUGUCCGGUGCUGCCAACAAUGCCGUAACCCCCAACGGCUACUACAACACUUUCACCAACCUUCAGGGCAGCAGCAACUCGUACGGCUACCUCGGCUUUACCAACUUGGCUUCGUACGAUGUUCAAGCCUGCGCUUCCAAAUGCGACAACAUCCGUGGUUGCACAGGCAUAAACAUCUUCUUCGAACGUGAUCCAACGGUCGAACCUGCAGAUGCUUGUCCCAACCCUGCUUCCACCACAACAAUUCGCUGUGUCUUCUGGGGAGGCUAUGUUGCUGCUGCCAAUGUCAAGAAUAAGGGCCAAUGGCGCAACAAGUUCCAUGUGGUCAUUGCAGGAUCCAAUGGUUACAUGAAAAGUGCUGUGCCAACUGUACAGGGCUUCACUGGCAUUGCUGUCGGUGACUUCUCUCUCGACGCCCCUCUCGAUUGCAAUGGCAAGGAUACCUACAUGGGCUCCAAGCUUCUGACCAACAGCUACUUCGAUCCUUCGCUCUGCGCUGCUGUUUGCAACUCGCAGAACCAAUACAACAUUGCAAACCCUCCCGCCAGUGGCAAGCCUCAGAUUUGCAAGUUCUUCUCCACCUAUAUGAUGGCGCAGAAUGGCAAUCCCAAGGGACAGUACUGUGCCAUCUAUUCGCAGACUUGGGACAAGUCAUACGCUACCGUUGAUCACACAACUUCUGGUUCUACUACCUACACCCCAGGCUACAGUUUCAUCUACUCGAACAAUGCCUCGCCAGGUAUCCCGGUCUGUCCCAACGACAUUUCAUACCUCCAGUCUCAGGGCGCCGAUUUCUGUACCUCAUACAUCGGAUACUCUGCACCGACAUCCACAGCCUCAUUCUCCACAGUUUCCACCAGCACAAGCUUGACGACUUCGACUGUCACCAUCACUGCCACUUCGACUUCAUACAUCUCCCACCCACACCGUCGCUUCAAGCGCGAUGUUGUUGUCAAUGACUAUGGACUCGCUCUGCCUACCGGUGCUGAACUUCUCGAAUUGAUUCAGAUCUUCCCCAACUUGACUGAGGCGAUGAACGCACCUCUGACUACCAUCACCAUGGACGCAACAUUGUCAUCAACUGCCUCGACCGCAGCGGCCACUGAGAUUGCAACUGCUGCCGCCACCGAGACAACUGAGCUCGCAAAACGCGCCAACACAACUCCUGCCUCCAUCAUCUCUUGGGAGCCCGCUUCAAUCUCUCUGGCUUGUUCCCAGGUUGCGACUGGCACUGCUACCGUCUCUACAACCUCCACUCAGAUUGUUCCCACUACUCAGACAGUUGUCUCCACAUCUACCGUUGUCGCGACGGCAACAGCGUACAACGAUAUCACUGCUGCAGUAUUUAUGGCUGGUGUGGAGGCAGUGAUGCCUGGUGCGGAAGGGGAUGUCAAAAGGCCUUCGGAGUCUACUGUCGCCAUCUGCUGGAUCGACCAACAUCCCCCGCCAGAUCUCGUUGACGUCACGAACCUCGAGCCCUCUCCUUCACCAAGCUGGGCUUUCCCAUUACUCAUGCGUGACCAUGAUGAGAGCACUUUCCAAAACAUCUUGCAAAACUCUGCUGUCAAGAUCGCUUGA